AUGGGCGCGGGGGCGCUCGUCCUGGGCGCCUCCGAGCCCUGCAACCUGUCGUCCGCCACGCCGCUCACCGACGGCGCGGCCACGGCGGCGCGGCUGCUGGUGCCGGCGUCGCCGCCCUCCUCGCUGCUGCCUCCGGCCAGCGACGGCCCCACGCCGCUGUUGCAGCAGUGGACGGCUGGCAUGGGCCUGCUGAUGGCACUCAUCGUGCUGCUCAUUGUGGCGGGCAACGUGCUGGUGAUCGUGGCUAUCGCCAAGACGCCGCGGCUGCAGACGCUCACCAACCUCUUCAUCAUGUCCCUGGCCAGCGCCGACCUUGUCAUGGGGCUGCUGGUGGUGCCGUUCGGGGCCACCAUCGUGGUGUGGGGCCGCUGGGAGUACGGCUCCUUCUUCUGCGAGCUCUGGACCUCGGUGGACGUGUUGUGCGUGACGGCAAGCAUUGAGACCCUGUGUGUCAUCGCCCUGGACCGCUACAUCGCCAUCACGUCGCCCUUCCGCUACCAGAGCCUGCUGACCCGCGCGCGGGCGCGGGCCCUCGUGUGCACCGUGUGGGCCAUCUCGGCCCUGGUGUCCUUCCUGCCCAUCCUCAUGCACUGGUGGCGGGCCGAGAGCGACGAGGCGCGCCGCUGCUACAACGACCCCAAGUGCUGCGAUUUCGUCACCAACCGGGCCUACGCCAUCGCUUCGUCCGUCGUCUCCUUCUACGUGCCCCUGUGCAUCAUGGCCUUCGUGUACCUGCGGGUGUUCCGCGAGGCCCAGAAGCAGGUGAAGAAGAUCGACAGCUGCGAGCGCCGCUUCCUCGGCGGCCCCGCGCGGCCGCCCUCGCCCUCGCCCGCGCCCGCGCCUGGCUCCCCGCGCCCCGCCGCCGCCCCGGUGGCCAACGGGCGCACCAGCAAGCGGCGGCCCUCGCGCCUCGUCGCCCUGCGCGAGCAGAAGGCGCUCAAGACCCUGGGCAUCAUCAUGGGCGUGUUCACGCUCUGCUGGCUGCCCUUCUUCCUGGCCAACGUGGUGAAGGCCUUCCACCGCGACCUGGUGCCCGACCGCCUCUUCGUCUUCUUCAACUGGCUGGGCUACGCCAACUCGGCCUUCAACCCCAUCAUCUACUGCCGCAGCCCCGACUUCCGCAAGGCCUUCCAGCGCCUGCUGUGCUGGGCGCGCCGGGCCGCCCGCAGGCGACACGCAGCCCACGGCGACCGGCCGCGCGCCUCGGGCUGCCUGGCCGGGGCCGGGCCGCCGCCGUCGCCCGGGGCUGCCUCGGACGACGAGGACGAAGACGACGUCGGGGCCACGCCGCCCGCGCGCCUGCUGGAGCCCUGGGCCGGCUGCAACGGCGGGGCGGUGGCGGACAGCGACUCGAGCCUGGACGAGCCGGGCCGCCCGGGCUUCGCCUCGGAAUCCAAGGUGUAG